AUGACGGUCUCCGGGCUCGCAGCCCCGGGGAGCAGCACGUAUUCCUCGAAUACGCUGCAUGUAGGAGAUGGAACAUGGGACAGUGAGCGCGACACAUUCUUGCUGCCCAAUCUCAUGGGAGUGAAUUUUGAGACGAUGCGAUACAAUGGCAUGGGAAAUCGAUUCAAGAACAUGACUGGGUACCAAUCGAUGAUUAUCGCGCACGGUGUUAUUGCGGCUAUCGUUUUCCUGGGCCUUGUUCCAAUGGCAUCCCUCAUUAUCCGAUAUUACUCCCGGUGGAAUCCAUAUUGGGCUUUUAAGCUUCAUGCAUGGUUCCAGGUUUUGACAUUACUUUUGACAACAGUCGUUUUCGUGUUGGGUUGGUUUGCUGUCGGUCCAGAGAGAAGUCUGACCAACCCGCACCAUGGAAUUGGUCUGGCAAUCUAUGUCAUGGUCAUUUUCCAAGCGCUAUGGGGCUGGUUUGUCCAUAAGGUGGAAAGGAACAAGAUGCGACAUCGCGUUCCAUUGAAGCUAGUGCUUCACCGAUGGCUCGGUCGCGCGCUCGCUAUUCUAGGAAUUGUGCAAAUCCCGUUGGGCCUGACAUUAUAUGGCUCCCCCAAGGUGCUAUUCAUUCUAUUUUCGCUGGCUGCUUUCGCAUACUUGGUGGCAUUUUUCAUUUUAUCCUAUCUGUAUGACGAUGAAGGUUAUCAUGUUCCGAGUGAGCAUGGUGGUAGUCGCUUGAGUCACAGUCAUUACACAGGACCGUCGGUCGUUGAAGAGCAACACCAUGGCGGGCUGGGACAGGCUCUUGCUGCCGGUGGAGCGACUGCAGCACUGGCUGCGAUGUUUAAACGCCGCCCCAAAAGUCGCCAUUCAAGCGGCGCAUAUGAAGAUUCACGCACAUCUUAUUCGGACGAGAAGUACUCUGAUGAGGUUUCCCGGAAGGAGAGCGGCGGCUGGGGUAGAAAGUUUUUAGAAAUUGGGGCUCUUGCCGGUGCUGGUAUUCUGGCGAAGAAAUGGUGGGAUCGUCGAAAGGAGCGCAAAGAUGAUGCCGAGUCAGGGCGGUAUAGCCCAGCCCAUUCGCGCACUGAUAGUUUCUCCGAGGAGUCUCUCAGUCGACUUGAAGACGGAAGACCAGAGCCCAGUCACCAAACACCCCUCAACCGCCCCCCAAGUCGGCCACCAAGCCGACCCCAGAGCCCUGGCUCAUCAUACUAUUACAACAGCACAUAUUUCACUGAGCCCGAGAGGCGCCCAUCACAUGGCAUUAGAGAUGCUUUGCUUGGCGCUGGCGCUUUUGCUGGGCUGAAGAAGAUUUUUGGCGGACGCCGCAACAAGGAUGACGAAGAAAAGAGGCGAUUAGAUGAUAUCCGUCGCCAAGAGGAAGAAGAUGAGCGGAUCCAACGUGUCAAUAGCAAGCGACGACAAAAUAAUCCCCCCGGGCCAGGCCCCUACCCGUCGCGACGCAGGCCGAGCUCAUACACCGAGAGUGACCUCACACCAACCGAGCUGACUCCCCGACCUCCUCGACAGCCAUCUCAUGGGUCGCUCCUCUCAGCUGAGCCCAUGGCAUCUGGGGCUGUUCACGACCCUGUUCCCUCAGAUCUGCCUCCUCCCAGGCCUCCAAUUCAUCACGAACUUUCCGGUGACUCGAGAUCAGAGCUACCACCUUCGGAGACUGGAUCUGAGCUCGCAGCCGGAUUUGCAGGUGGAGCGGCCGCCGCUGCAGCAGCUUCCAGCCGCCGUCGUAACAGCCGUAGCCACAGCCGCAGCCAAAGCCGAAAUCGACGCCGCGACGACCACGUUGAAUCCCCGCCUGUCUCCGUGAAAGUGAAGAUGCACAACGAUGGUCGCCAUGUCACCCUCCGUCGUCUCACAGAAGAAGAAGCUGCCGCAAGCCGUGAGGCAAGACGCCGAGAGCGACGAAACUCGCGACGUCGUGCAGGAAGUGCAAGUUCUCUUUCUGGUGACGAACGAAGUCACGAUCGCUGGCGUCGCGUCGAGGAACUGGAGCGACAACAAGAGGAGCAGCAGCGCCAUGCUGCCGCUGCAGCCGCCGCUGCGGGGGUCCCUAUGUCCAUGGCACCGUCAGGCAGUAUCCCUGCAUCUUCUAUGCCGCCCGCAUCCCAAGUUAGCCAUAUGCCGCCUCCACCUCCUAUCCCAGGCCCUGCACCUUCCGGGUUGGCCUAUGGUAGUGUGACUUCACCUGGUACAUGGACAGGUACCGAAGCCAGUGGGUCAUAUGCAAAUAAUCGUCGCCGCAGACGGGCAGAGCGAGCCAGAACACGACAAGAGAGGCAGCAGCAGCACGGAGUGGAGUUUGAGUAA